GCAGCGCUCCGCACUAGACUGCUCCGAUCCGGUGCGGGUUACCUGACCUAGGAAGGCUGGGCUGGGGAGAAAGUCCUGCUGGCUCUGGAAGCUUGUGUGGCUGAGUGGUACCCAAUGAGUUGCACCAGGAUGAUUCAGGUUUUAGAUCCCAGGCCUCUGACCAGUUCUGUCAUGCCAGUGGAUAUGGCCAUGAGAAUCUGUCUUGCUCAUUCACCACCUCUGAAGAGUUUCCUGGGCCCUUAUGAUGAAUUCCAGCGAAGAAAUUUUAUAAACAGGUUAAAGCCUCUUAAACCUUGUCUCAACAUCAAGCAUGAAGCAAAAACACAAAAUGAUUGGAAACGUUCUCCCAGCCGCACCAAGAAAAGAGUUGUAUUUGCAGACUCCAAGGGCCUGUCUCUUACUGCAAUCCAUGUUUUCUCGGAUUUCCAGGAGGAACCCGUAUGGGAUCUUCAGUUUGAUUUAUUAGACCUGGGAGACAUCACAACCAGCCUCAAGCUUCAUGAAGAAAAAAACUUGAUUUUGGAUUUCCCUCAACCAUCAACUGAUUAUUUAAGUUUCCGGAACCACCUUCAGAAGAACUUUGUCUGCCUAGAGAACUGUUCUUUGCAAGAGAAAGUUUUGACAGGAACAGUGAAAGUAAAAAAUGUGAGUUUUGAGAAGAAGGUCCAGGUCCGCAUCACCUUUGACACAUGGAAGACCUAUACUGAUGUGGAUUGUGUCUAUAUGAAAAAUGUUUAUGGAGGCUCCGAUACGGACACUUUUUCCUUUUCUAUUGACUUGCCUCUUGUCAUUCCAACUCAGGAAAAAAUUGAGUUCUGCAUUUCCUAUAACAGUGGUGGACAUGUAUUCUGGGAUAAUAACGAGGGUCAGAAUUACAAAAUUGUCCAUGUGCAGUGGAAACCAGAUGGGGUACGGACACAGACGACUUCACAGGACUGUACAUUCCGCCAGACACCAAAUAAAACUGAACUUGAUUCACCACUCUUUGGAAGCCCAAGGCUAGCUAGUGAGCUCUUUCCUGAAUGGCAGAGCUGGGGGAGAAUGGAAAACUUGUCCUCAUAUAGAUGAAUUAAGUUGUUAUCCUAACUACAAAGUAAAUGGCCCUCAGUUUGGUGCCCAAUUUGGAAGGGAUUAUUUGGAAGAGAUAGUCCAUUAAGCCUCACUUUGUUUUGUAUUAUAAAUAUGUAUGUGUGAGUGUGUGUGUAUAUGUAUGUGUAAUGUUUUAACAAUGCACUUUCUUAAUGUUCAUUAGCUUUUCUCUUGGGGCAAGAAAGCUAUGAAGAAGUAUACAUGAUGGUGAUAGGAAGCUGUUAAUGGUAUGAGGCAUGUCUGGAAGAAGGUUCAUAAGAUGGAGAUCAUGUACCAUGAUGGGAUGAAGAAGGGUAUAUUUAUAUGUAGGUGAAGAAAUGUAAGCUUAUUGGAUGACAUUUUUUUCCCUGAGUAGGUUAUACAAUCCUCUUCUGGGGGAUUAAUACAAACAAGUGGAAGAAAAAUAAACUUCUGGAUAAAAGGGGCAUCCUCUGGUUGGGUGGUAAUUCAACAUUAUGGGACAGCUGAGGGUGAAAAAGUGAACGGAAACUCUAGAGCAUAGUUAUCACUUAAGUCAUUUCUCAGAAGAGAGGAUGCCCACAUCCAAAACAAUGACUUGUGGAAAAGUUAAAUAAAUCAAGAUUUAUAAUCCUACUGUUUUAAGUAGGAGAGGUGACCUCAUUUGUAAUGGUCACAUGUUGGUGUUUUUCAUUGUAGAUGGUGAACACUGAACCAUACCGUUUCCUAGUGCUAUUCACUUAGAUGCUUACACAAAAUAGAACCCCAAUACCUCGUAAGUGCCUUAAUCAAUACUUUAGUUGCUUAAUCCAAAUAUUCAAAUAGUCAUUUGCUAACUCCUGAAUAUUUAUGCUCUAGAAGUCUGUUUGCCUUGCAGUACUGAUAUGAAUUUGAUAUUAGUGUCAAUGUAUACAGCUAGCAUCCUUCAUAUUGAAGGUGACAUACUUUUCAGUGUACUUUCAAUGUGAUCUUUGUAAAGAGUCGUCUCUUCAAGAGUCUAGCCCUUUGAGCACAUGGAAUUAGGGACCUCUCUUGCCCUGUUUAAGCUGAAAUAUUUCUCUUCUGUUUUAUAGAUGUGAGAAUUAUCUUGGUCAUACUGUAAUACUUGUUAUCUGGUGUGUGUAAGUCCAUUCUGUAAAAUAGAUAUCUAUUGAAUAUAUUCUAGUCCUUUGUGUUCAUGAGUAGUGUGAUGUAUAUUUCCUUUAAAAAGAGUGAAUCCUGGUCACUUUUAAGGAACAUAUUUGGCUGUGCUGACAAAAUACUAAUUUGGAAUAAUUUUGCAAUGAAGGUAUUUGAGGUUGGCUAGCGCAGAAAACUUUUUCUACUGUCAAUAUUUCAGCUUACUAUAGUUAUUUUAUGUGAGCUUAUCACUUUAAGAAUAAAUUGUUUGAUAUAAGAA